CAUAAACACAAGAAAGAAACAAAUCGACUAAAAUAGUGACAGAAGAAGUGCACGCUUAGAAAACGUUUCGAACUUUUUAAUAUGAUUUCUCAAAUUUUGCAAAUUAAUUCUACGGGGAGUUUGUCUAAACAGUGUCGCAGUUUACUUAAGUAUAGUUUGCAAUAAUUGAAAAUUGGCAAAACGGUGUCUUACUAGUUGAAAAUCCUCUGAAUUUCUUUGGUGCUAUGCCGACUAUCUGAAUUCGUUAGCAUUUUUCAAUUUUUACUUAUCAUUAGUAGCAAAAAUUGGGUGCUUACCGACAGUAUCAGAACUACCUAGUAAGUUACUGAAAAUCGGCGUGUUAACGUAAAGUUACGUGUGAUCGUGAUCUAUUUUGAUGUUGGUUCAAAAAAUGAAAGCACGCCAAGAACGCUUCAAGUCCUCCUCGAGUACCGAUGAACUGGACUCUGCUUCGGACCAUGAUGAUCGACGAACAAGUCUUAUGGUUACCGUAGCCCAACACCAUGAAAUAGAUGAUACCCAUGAAGAAAUUGUAGACGAGGACGCCUUUGGAAGUCCUUUGGGAGCAUUAAGGAAGCGACGAGGCAACUUACCCAAACAUUCUGUGAAGAUUUUAAAGAGAUGGUUGUACGAGCAUCGAUUUAACGCUUAUCCUUCAGAGGCUGAAAAGGAGAUUUUGUCGCAAGAUGCUAAUCUCACCAUUCUGCAAGUAUGCAACUGGUUUAUUAAUGCUAGAAGAAGAAUUUUGCCUGAAAUGCUUCUCCGAGAAGGAAAUGACCCUAUGCAGUAUACUAUCAGCAGAAAAGGAAAAAAGUUAAUUGAUCCAAUCGCAGCCUGGCCAGUAGAUUAUAACAUGUCCCAUUGCAAAAGAGUUCGUCUGGAUCAUGAUUAUGAACAUAGAAUGACUUUGGUUUAUCACUCUGAAGAGGACAGUCCUACUGAAUAUGAAAGCUCCAGUCCUUGCGGAGAAGAAAAAUUCAAUCCUUGGGAAACUAUCUUAACUUUGGAAGCCAAUCCUGCUACUAGAGGCUCUAUCGAUGAAAUUGAAAUCGGACCAUUGCCAGCUACUGGCGAAAUUGUCGAAUAUCAAAAACCAAUCGAAAUUGGACCAAUGAUUCCUCAAUUGAGCCCGAGUUUACCUCAACUAGAACCACCAUCAGAGCUGGAACCAGCGAAUACCAAAAUACGCACAAAAGCCCAACUGAAACACUAUCCAAAUGAUCUUGAACCACCAAAACAGGUUGAAGACAAAUUCAACAGUUUAUAUUUGCUGGUGGACACGGCUUUGGCUUUGAGGAAGAUAGAGUUGGGCGCUGAAGUAGAAAUUAUCACGUAGUUGACCGAGAAUAAUAUGAGUUAGUUUUAGGAUGGAAUUUUAUGAAAAUGUGAGUGGGAAAUUUGUUGUAAGCUCUUCACUCUCAACUAUAUGUAAUCAAAUUUAGUGAUGUGUACUUGACAUAAGUACUUUGAUUAGAAUAUACUCAUCAAAUGAGAUUUUUUUCAAUGAAUUUGAUUUUUUUUCUUGCUCUCAUAGAAACAUUUUGUUAGUUACUUAAAAAACAGACCUUAUGCUUGUAUGUACCAUCGUCACCAAAAGUAACUGGGACAGCAUCACAUUAGCUCUUGUCCUAUUAUAUGAAUUUUAUUGUCAAAUAUUUGUCAAACUAUGAAUUAAAUGCAUUGAAAUAAAUGACAGUAGAAUUAGUCCAGGAGAUUAAUAUGCAUUAUUUGUGUCCCAGAUACUUUUGGUGACGAUGGUACAUAUUAUUUGUUUUCAUAUUUUCAUUGUUUAUAAGCAAUUUUUCUUUUCUUUCAAUAUUUCAAUUACCUACUUCAGAAAAGCAACUCUGAAGAAAACUUGGAAUGAUUUUUUUUAAAUAAACAUUUUCUAAACUCAUUUCAGUGAAAGUGAAGAGUAAAACUUCAAUAUUAUCCUUUAAUUUUGUUCUCUAGUAGUUUUAAGUGCCACCAGUGCCUUUUAUUUAGAAAUUAAGGACUUUGUUUUUUUGUAAAUUUGUUUGAUAAGUUUAUUGUAAUGACAAGAUGAAUUAUUGGUUUAUGACUUCAAAGAAUUAACUUAUACUUUGAAAUCCUACAACAAAUUUGUUAUUACACUAGUUCUAUUAAAAUUACAUUAGGGAACAGAAAGUUAUACACUAACAUCAAGAUCGGUUACAAUGUAUGUAGGAGGAGUAUAAGGAAUGUCUGCCAUUGGGUAAAGAUUUCUAGUGAUAGCGUAGAUCAUAAAAAUAAUUUCGGAUGAGAUUUAAGACAGAAAUUCUUAAACAGUGACCUGUUAACAAUCGACAGUCCCAUUUGACCACGAAAUACAGAAUAACUCUUCCCCAGUGUAAUUUUUACAAACGCUCAUUCACACAUAUCAGGUAAUUGAUGGUCUUCUUGGACACUUUUGAUAGGAAACAUCAAUUUCUGAGCGAAAUACAAAAAAAUGAACCCCCCACUCUGACGCUCAAAUUUUCAUGAAACCUUGACUGGUGCAAACCGUAUUUCAAUAUGUUCAACCGUUUUGCCGCUAGAGAGCGUUCCCUCAAUUUGGAACAAUAAUGUGAAACCUUCAUAACUUUUUUAAUUAUGAAGAUAAUUGAUUUCCGUGUAAACUUUCUAGAGGUAUUUUUUCAAGCAGAAUUCAAUGACUUAUUUUCUAUUUGGCACCGAUUUCGUGAUUUGACCAAAGUAAUAGGACACCCUGUACAGUGUGUCCAAGAUAAGGAUGGGAUAUAGAAUUACGAUCAGGGGAACGGUUGGAGUUACAAUGUUGGUUAAAUUAGGAAAAAGUUGGGCAAUUUGACAACCUUUCACAUAAAGUUUGUAGGUUGUCAAAUUGCCCAACUUUUUCCUAAUUUAACCAACAUUGUAACUCCAAUCGUUCCCCAGAUCCUAAUGCUAUCCCAUCCUUAUCUUGGACACACUGAAUAUUAAUAACUCAUUAGAUAUCUCUGUGCUGAUUUUAAUGAUAUCAGGUUUAAUAGGUUUAUCUCUAACAGUUUUUAAGGAAAAAAAUUAUAUUUAGUCAUAAGAAACAAUGUGAGACCUUUGUCAUUUCAUUUUCCUUACAGAUAUAAAGUCCUUCUCUAACACAUUGUUUCUUAUAACAAAAACAGAUGGGUAUGAUAAGAAUUACAUCAUUGAAAUCAGCAAAAGCAGAGUUAUCCAAUGAGUUGUUAAUAUAAAAAUGUCCUAUCAAAAAAAAUCGGACUUUGGUCAAAUAGAGAUUCUGGAAAGUGCUUUUAGAAAGUUUUUACGGAAAUCAAUUAUUUUCAUAAACAAAAAAGUAGGAAAGGAAAGCUUCCAUAAGGCGAGUUUGCGUGAUUACCUGGACCCGGAGGAGUUGCUGAAAAAUGACACUGCUGGCCAUGUGAUCUUCUAUUUGAAGUUUCAAAACUAAUCACGUGGGCCUGUCAUCUUUUUGCUUGCUGAGGAUUAACAACUCCACUAUAGUAUUGCUCAAAAUUGAGAAAAGCCCUCUAGCGGCAAAACGGUUGAAGAUAUCAAAAUGUGGCUGGCACCAAUGAAGAUUUCAUGAAAUUUCAGCCUCAGAGUGGGGGGUUCAUUUUUUUGUAUCUCGCUCAGAAAUUCAAAGACCAAUUCAGAAUGUUUUACCUUGAUUUAUCUGUCACCUCACCUGUCACAAAACAUUCUGAUACCUGAAUAGGUCUUUGAAUAACUAAACUUCAGAAAGGAGGAGGCACACUUUUCUUAUGGCAAAUGGAUCUCCGACAGAUUUUUCUAAAAUUUGGAUAUGCUUGGAUGUUUUUAAGGCUUUGAAGCCAUUAUUGGCCGAACCUUGUGCGGUUGAUAGUUUAGCCUCCCGAGGACGCCAAAGUUUCAUAUAACUUGGUGUAAUUAUAGGUUAUAGAAUAUAAAUAAUUUAGGAUCAUUAUGAACAUGUGCCAUGUAAGAUGUUUUGUAUAAAUAUCGCAAAAGUAACGACCAGAUAUUAUUGAAAGUGAUUUUCCAGACACUUAAAUCCUUAUUUCUGUGAGGGAAAGUUACCCAAUUACAGCAAGUUAUAUGAAACUGUUACGCCCCCUGGAGGCUGAACUAUCAACCGCACGAGGUUCGGCCAAUGAUAGCUUUUAAUCAGAGUUUAAAAAACUACAACAUAUCCAAAUUUCAGAAAAAUCUGACGGAGAUCCAUUUGCCAUAAAAGAGAAGUGCCUCCUCCUUUCCAAAACUAUUCAAAAGAAACAUUAACAUCUGAAUCAAAAAAACGAGAACUUUUAGAAUUUGUUAGAAAAUAAAGUGCAUUUCAUUUAAAAAAAGUGAACAUCGAAAUAUUUUUUCACUUUGCGUUGCUCAUUUGUUCAAUCUAAUUAAAAAUUCUGAACUCAGAUAAAAUGCUACAACUUUUGUAUUUACACCUUUCACCUAUCACCUGUAAUUAUGGCUGCAGGUGGGUGUCAAAAUAUGAUGACUCAUGUUAGUUUACCUGUGUGGAUGAGCCCUAAUGCAAAUUUUUACCCAUUAUGAUUGUAUAACAAAUAAAUGUAAGUUUUACAGAGUGAUAAAUACUAAAAUUUUUUAGUCAUGCCAUACUAGAAUAUUAUGAAUAAGUUUUUUAUGCUUUUACUUUUUAUUUUGUAGGACCAUACUUCUAGUCUCAUGUAAAGAAUACUUAAGGAAAAGGCCUCUUUUAGAUGUAAGAAACGCAAUAAGCAAGGCUAACAAGCUUUUUAUGAGCCUUAUCCUGGAGUAAUCAGCUGGUGUAUUUCGCUGAUUAAUGUUUUUAAGAUUUAUGUACCUAAUACCUGUUAUUAUUAAUAAAAUACCAGCCUCACAUGAAACUUUGCUCAAAAGAACAAAAUUGUAACUUGUACAGGGUAGGCCAAUUUGGACACUUUUAAUAGGUACUAUAAAUUUCUGCAUUGGAUACCUUUUCCCGUUUUGCCGCUAUAGGGCUAUUGUUUUACUAGGCUGAAAAGCACAAGAUUUAAUGCCGCGGCUGGUGUUUCAUAGCCGAGGCUAGGAAACCAGCCAAGGCAUUGAAUUUGAUUUUCUGUCGCAUGAAACAUUUAAUUUUUUCUCCGAAUUUGUUCUGAUUCCACUCAUAGUUAUCUUUUUUUAUAUUGAUUUCAUUUUUAAUAUUUAAAUAAUUGAAUUGUCAUUGUGGAUUUUAAAAAACAGAUUGAUUAAAAUUAUUAUCUGGAACGUUGCAUAGGAACGAGCUUUUAAUGCCUAAGCAGUAAAAGCCCACUUUUUGACCUUGUCAAAGUCACUUUUACUGUCAUUUGUAGAAUAAGUCCUUUUCUGACAAAAUCAGAUAUUUUUUUCUCAGUAACUGUUGAAGAUAAACCUAUCGAAUUUAUAAUUAAUAAAUUCAGCAAAAGCAGAGCCAUUUAAUUAGCGAUUAAUAUUAAGGGUGUCCUAUUUAAAAAAAAAAACUAAGAACGUCUGAACUUUACUGGAUUCUGCUUAAGAAAGUGCGUCAAGAAAGUUUUUCCAAAAAUCAAUUAUUUUCAUAAACAAAAAAGUUAGGAAGGUUUCACAGUAUUGCUCAAAAUCGAGAAAUGCCCUUUAGCGGCAAAAUGAUUGAGAAUUCAUAAUGCGGUUUGCACCAGUAUAGAUUUCAUGAAAUUUGAGCCCUAGAGUGUGGGGUUCGUUUUUCUGUGUCUUGCUCGUUUCCUAUUAAAAGUGUCCAAAUUGGAUUAUCCUGUACAUAUCAGUAUUUUACCCUACUGUAACAUUUUUUUAUGUGGUAUAAAAAGAAAUUAUAAAUCUGUUUUUGCCCUACACCAUUUCGUUUUAUUUUAGGGUGGCAUGUUGGAGCUUCGAUAAACGAUAAGAGUAUCGGUACUAGCGAAGCGUAGAAAAUUAUUUCAUUGGUUUGUAUGAAGGUUUCCGUUAUUAAAUUUUCGCUGGUCUGGUCGCCGCUCUUAUAGUUUAUCGCAGCUCCAACAUAAACGCACCCUUAGGGGUUCGACAAUUCAAGUAUAGGGCAUGUCCAUAGCCGCUUUCCGUAUGCACAUUGGCGCGCUCUAGAGCAC